CUGUUUCAGGGUGAGCUGGAACAUCAACUUUUGCAAGCAAAUCCGAUUCUAGAAGCAUUUGGUAACAGUAAAACUGUGAAGAAUGACAACUCAUCCCGAUUUGGAAAGUUCAUUCGGAUCAACUUUGAUAUGUCCGGAUACAUCUCGGGAGCUAACAUCGAGUUUUAUCUGCUUGAAAAGUCCAGGACGUUACGUCAAGCGCCGGAUGAGCGAAGUUUUCACAUUUUCUACCAAUUCUUGCGUGGAACCUCUCCGGCAGAAAAGAUGAACUACUUACUCGAAGAUAUCGAUAAAUAUCGAUUCUUGGUAAAUGGCAAUAUCACGCUGCCGAAUGUUGAUGACGCACAAGAAUUUCAAAGCACUCUCAAGUCUAUGCGAAUCAUGGGAUUCGCAGAGGAUGAGAUUACUUCUGUGCUUCGUGUUGUGUCAGCAACAAUACUUAUGGGUAACUUCGAAUUUACACAAGAAAAGAAGUCUGAUCAAGCAAUACUUCCUGAUGACAGGGUGAUCCAAAAAGUAUGCCAUCUUCUGGGUCUUCCAGUGAUUGAACUGACUAAAGCGUUCUUGAGGCCGAGAAUUAAGGUUGGUCGUGAGUUUGUGAACAAAGCUCAAAACAAAGAGCAAGCUGAAUUUGCCGUCGAAGCUAUAGCCAAAGCUUCAUAUGAACGAAUGUUCAAAUGGCUUGUGAACCGCAUCAACAAAUCCCUUGAUCGAACUCGCCGCCAAGGUGCUUCCUUCAUCGGCAUUCUUGAUAUUGCAGGUUUCGAGAUAUUUGAGCUGAACUCGUUUGAGCAGCUUUGUAUCAACUUCACAAAUGAAAAACUGCAACAACUAUUCAACAACACAAUGUUUAUCAUGGAGCAAGAGGAGUACCAAAGAGAA